ACCGGGCAUCACUCGUCGCUGUGCACCUUCACUCACAGGUUACGCACGGACAUACGUCCAUAAUUAACACUUUUCAAAAUAAAAGCAGCACAGUUGUAUUGCACGCACGACAUAGAUGUUUUUUAAAAUGUAUUUUGUAAUUUGUGAUUGCCGCUGUUCACCUUCACUCACAAUCACGCACGUCGCACAUGCAUACGUCCACACGGAAGUAAUACAAAUAACGCUUUUCAAAACAAAAGCAGCACCGUUGUAUUGCACACUCGACAUAGAUAUAUUUUAAAUUGAAUUAACGGACUGGGACGCACAAAGGGCCGGAUGUGGCCCGCGGGCCGUAAGAUGCCCAGGUCUUCUCUGUACUAAACAUCCUCUACAAUAUGAAUUCAAUUUUUGACAACCCAAGACAAGAUGAUGACUCUUUGGAUAUUCAGAGUGUCCGUUUCUCUUCUCUUCAAAUCCAUCCAGCCAUUUAAAAAAUAAAAAAAAAAAAAAUAUGAACGCUCUUGAUUUCCAUUUUAAAAACCUGAAUUUGGAAAAACAUUUUUCAUUUGUCACAAAUUCAGACACAAAAAGAAUCAACUUACAGAAUUUCAGAUAAAAAUCGAUUGAGGUUGAUAAAAUUCAGGUUUCAAAUUUCAAGUUACAAUAUUCAAGGAAAACGUCGGUCAGAUUUGAUUGCUCAAAUUCCGAUCAAACAAACAAAGUUGAAUAUUCACACAGUCACCGGGAAAUGAGAAGCCAUUGAGCCUUCAUGCAAUGGAACUGACCUUUGGCCUAUCAGAGCACGGCCUGUCUGUCAUGUGAUGUUACUGGGUGAAUAUUUUUAACUUGAAUUUUUCAAUCUGAAUUCAAACAAUCAAAUUUGAUCAGCCUGAAUCUAUUUUAUAUGAAAUUCUUUUAAAUUGAUUUUUUUCACUGACACUCGUAGACAUUAACAGAGUUUAGCAGUCAAAGCUUUACGAUGGAAAACUCCAAAGUUAAACAAAAUAAGAAAGGUAAAAAUAAAGGGGAGAAAACUGUCAUCCAGCCGGAGGUAACCCACCAAACCAAUCUCACUAAAGAGAGUGAGACAUUGAAAGGGGGCCAACUACAACAGGCUGCUACAUCCAUGGAUGCUCCACAACCAGCUGCUAAACCCGAGGUUGCUCCACUGCAAGAUGGUGCUGCACCCAAAGGUUUGGUCCAGCAGGCUGCUACACCAAAAGACCUUCCACAGAAGGUAGAUCCAGCUUCACCUAAAGAUCUUCCACAGAAGGUAGAUCCAGCUUCACCUAAAGAUCUUCCACAGAAGGUAGAUCCAGCUUCACCUAAAGAUCUUCCACAGAAGGUAGAUCCAGCUUCACCUAUAGAUCUUCCACAGCUUGGGGCAGAGCCAUCUUCAAUUGGUGGUCAUGAUAAGAUUCUACAAACACAACACAGCAAGGUGCAGCCAGACACUGUGAUUGCAAUGCAGAGAAACUUUGUGUGGAGGCAAAAGAAAAUCGCAGAAGGAAUGAGUGUUGAGGACACUGUGAAGAAAUAUGUUUUCUUAAAGACACCCAGGGCUGUUGGAGAAGAGGGGUCGGAUCCACUCCACAGCGGCCGUUAGCUUCACUGAUAGCUUUAACCAGAUUGUUCCCAAAGUGUUUGCCCUGGCUCAAGGAAAAUCUCGACUAGCCAAACAGUACUUAGACGCCGGAGAAGAAGCGCUCACUGAGGAUUUACCAGGGUGAACCCAACACACCAUACCCAAUUUUCCAGGUGACCCAGGAAGAAUGGAAGUCUACAUUUUGGGGACAAAGCUCUUGUUCCCUGAAGGUAGACCGUGUCGAGGUGUGUGAAGGCAUGAAGGUAGAGGAAGCAACAAUCUCAUCGUUUUAUUCAUAUUUUGUUUUCAAUUUUGAAUACCAACCCAAAGACAAGAACGCUUUGACCCUCCUCCAGCAAUGUAUUAGGAAAAUGAAUGUGAAGGGGAACUGUAACCAGAAUGAUGAACUUCAUCUUCUAAAUGCCUCAUUUACACCCUUGUGUUCACCAGAGCCCUAAGUGCCAAAGAAAAACAUUUAUUCUCGUGAAGUUGGUCCAACAUGUGGGACUUACUCAUGCCCAUGAGGCAGGCUGCUCGAUCACAUGUGGACUCAAUGCACUUUUUCCAGUUACCCAUCUUUCAGAUGUCAUGUUUAUAGAAAACAUAGAGCUUGCAUUUUACCUACUGGUGGUCCUAGUGAAAACCCUGCUUCUGAAGAUGAACA